AGUGCUGGGUUUGAAAUUUGUUCAACUACACGAUAUACGGGUGAAAUGGAAGCGUGUAUCAUAGCCACUAAAGAUUGGAAAGUGGGUGAGCAAGUCACAGCUUGUUUAGGUGCUAUUGCGUAUCUUAGUCCUAAUGAAGAUGCCAAAUUAAAAAGUGAAGAUCGUGAUUUUAGUGUAAUGUAUUCGACUAGAAGAAAAUGCACAUCAUUAUUUCUUGGUCCUGCACGUUUUAUGAAUCAUGAUUGUAACUCUAAUUGUGAGUUUAUGAAUAUCGGUAAUCAAGCAGUUACCUUUAAGGUUCGACGAAGUAUUGUCUGUGGUGAAGAAAUGACUGUGUUCUAUGGUGCUGAUUAUUUUGGUGAAAAUAAUUGUGAAUGUUUAUGCAUGUCUUGUGAAAAGUAA